AUGGAUAUAUGGGAUUAUAAUGUACAAUAUUCAACCAUUUCUUUUUUCAGGGCCCACAAUUUCUUUCAUUUAAUUGAUAAUCAUUUUUCUUUCUUUCUUUUUCUUUCUUUCUUUCUUUCUUUCUUUCUUUCUUUCUUUCUUUCUUUCUUUCUUUCUGUCUGUCUGUCUGUCUGUCUUUGUUCUGUCUUUUUUUCUUUCUUUGUCUUUUUCUUUCUUUCUUUUUAUUUAAUUUUUCUUUCUUUGUCUUUCGUUCUUCUUUUUCCUUUUAUUUCUUUUCUGUCUUUGUCCUUCUCUCCUUCUUUCUUUUUUUUCUUUCAUUUUGUCUUUAUGUCUUUCUUUCUUUCUUUUUCUUUCGUUUUAUUUCUUUUUCUUUCUUUCUUUUUUCUUUGUUAUUUCUUUAUCUAUCUUUUUUCUUUCUUUUUUUCUUUCUUUCUUUUUCUUUGUUACUUUUUUUCAUUAUUUCCUUUUCUUUCUUUCAUUAGGCCUUUCUUGUUUUUCUUUUUUUUUCCUUUUUCCUUUUUCUUUCUUUAUCAUACAUUUUUUUUCUUUCGUUUUUCUUUCCUUUUCUUUCUUUUUCUUUCUUUCUUUUUCUCUUUUCUUUCUUGCUCUCAUUAUAUCUGUUUUUGUCUUCCUUCUUUUCUUUCUUUCUUUCUUUCUUUCUUUGUGUCUGUUUUUUGUCUUUCUUUUCUUUCUUUCUUUCUUUAUGUCUGUUUUUUCUUUCUUUUUUUCAUUCUUUCUUUUUUCUCUUUCUCCCUUCUUUUCUUUUUUAAUUUCUUUCUUUCUGCUUUCUUUGUUUCUUUCUUUUUCUCCUUAUUUUUUGAUACGUUUCUCCAAUUUAACUUUUCUUCCUACUUUUUUUGUAUUGUCACUCUUUCUAUUUCUUUCUUUUCUUUUCUGUGGCUUUUUUCGUCUGUUUCUUUCUUUUGUCAUUUUCUUCUUCUUCUUCCUCCUCCUCUUCUUCUUCUUCUUCCUCUGCCUCUUCUUCUUCUUCCUCCUCCUCCUCAUCUUCUUCCUCCUCCUCCUUCUCCUCCUCUUCUUCUUUCUUUUCUUUUUCCUCCUCCUCUUCCUCCUCCUCCUCCUCCUCCUUCUUCUUCCACCUCCUCCUCCUCUUCUUCCUCCUCCUCCUUCUCCUCCUCCUCUUCUUUCUUUUCUUCUUCCUCCUCCUCUUCCUCCUCCUCCUUCUUCUUCUUCUUCUUUAUACACUCCAUCUUUCUUUUCUUGACUUUUUUUAUUGUCUUACCUUAUGACACUAUAUUUUUCUUAUUUUUCUCUUUUUCUUCUCCUCUCUUUAUGUUUCUUUGUUUUACUUCAUUUCUUUUAUUUUCUUUCUUUCACUUUCAUUCUUUUUUUCUUUGUUCACUGUUCUACUUUCUUUUUUAUUCAAUUCUUUGUUUUGUCCAUUUAUUUUUUCGUUCGUUCUUCGUUUUUCUUUUUUCUUCUUUUGUUCGACGUACUCUUCGUCAUUCAUUUCUUUUUGUUCUAUUGUCUUUUUCGAAUACAUUUUUUAAUUUUUUUCUUCCCUAUUUUCUUUCUUUUUCUGUAUUUCAUUUCUCUUUCACGUUCAUUCAUUUUCAUUUUCAAAAAAAGUCUUUCUUUUUUCUUCUCUUCCUUUUUCUUCUUUCACUCUCUCUUGUCGUCUUCCUUUACUUCUUUUUUCUUUCUUUUUUAUUCAUUCUUUUUCUAAUUUUCCAUUUCAUCUCUCUUCUCAAAACCUUUCCUUUUCUUUACAUUUUUCUUUCUCUUAUUUUUUUCUUGUUGCAUUUCUCCUUCAUGUACUUCAUUUUCUUUUUUCUUCUUUCUACAUUCUAUUUUUCUUUUAUUGUUCAUUCUUCUUCUAUCGUCUUUCUUUUUUCUUCAUUUCUCUUUCUUUAUUCUUUGUUUUUUUUAACAUUUCGUGUCCCCUUCUUUCAUUAUUUUUUUACUAUUAUUUCUUCAUUUUUCAUUUCCUUCUUUUUCCUUUUUGCAACUCCUUUCUUUUUCCUUCUCCCCUUCGUUCUAUUUACACACCCUUCUUAUAUUUUUCUUGAUUAUCGCCUCCUUUCUCCUUUUUAUCCUGCUUCAACGUCCCACUUCCACACGUUAUAUUCUAUUUAUUCAUAUCACACAAAUAGACAUAAACGAAAAAAAAAAAAACUCUCCUCGAGUUCACAAUCGAUUUGA